AGAGGAUAGAGACACAGAGGGACAGAGGCAGAAAAAGUGAGGGCAAGAGAGGCAAAGAGAUUGAAAUGGAGAGAGACAUAGAAAUAGAGGGACAGAGCGACAGAGAAGGAACAGAGAGAGAGAGGAAGAGGCGGAGAGGGAUCGAGAGCGGCUGAGAGAGACGCAGAAGAGGAGAGGCCGCGGCGGGGACAGCGCGGGCGGGGCGCGGCGCAGACAAAGGCGCGGCCGCGCGGCCGGGUGGCCGGGCCGGGACAAAGGCUGGCCCGGGGGGAGGCGGGGGCAGCGAUGGCGACGGCCGAGGCGGACGCGGGCGAACUACAAGUCCCAGCAGCUCCCGCUGCGGCCCUCGGCCGGCCCCUCUCGCUCCCUGGGAGCGCUUGGCGGGGCCGCAGGGCCGAGGGGGCCGCCGGCGGGGCUGGCGGGCGGGGGGCUUCCUGCGGGCCCUGGGGGCGCCGGCGGGCGCGGCGGGCCGGGCUGGGGCGAGGGGCGCCGGAGCCUGCCCCGGAAGCAGCCAGCACUUCCACACCCGGGAUGCGGCGUUCGGUCCUAGUCAGGAACCCAGGCCACAAAGGCCCGAGGCCCAAUUAUGAAGAGCUUGACUCCGACUCAGAAGACCUAGACCCCAAGAGUGAAGAGCUGGACCCAGUUUCUGAAAACCCAGAGCCUGAGCCGGAAGACCUCAACACUGCCUCUGAAGAUGUGGACCCCAGCUAUGAAGAGCUGGAGCCUGUCUCCGAGGAUCUGGAUCCCGAUGUGGAAGCUCCGAGCUCCAUCUCGGGGAUCCAUGACUCGGAUCCCCAAGAUCUCGACCCUAUGUCUUCAAGUUUUGACGACCCAGACGUCAUCGGCCCCGUCCCCCUGGUUCUCGACCCUAACAGCGACACCCUCAGUCCCGCUGCCACCCCAGACCUGGACCCCCUCUCGUCCGACCUCACUGCCACCCCCGAGGUCCUGGCCGCCGGCCCCGCAGUGCUCCCUGCACCUGCCAGCCCGCCCCGGCCCUUCUCCUGCCCGGAUUGCGGGCGAGCCUUCCGCCGCAGCUCGGGUCUGAGCCAGCACCGCCGCACCCACAGCGGCGAGAAGCCUUACCGCUGCCCCGACUGCGGCAAGUCGUUCAGCCACGGCGCCACGCUGGCCCAGCACCGCGGCAUCCACACGGGCGCGCGGCCCUACCAGUGCGCGGCGUGCGGCAAGGCCUUUGGCUGGCGCUCCACGCUGCUCAAGCACCGCAGCAGCCACAGCGGCGAGAAGCCGCACCACUGCCCUGUGUGCGGCAAAGCCUUCGGGCACGGUUCGCUGCUGGCGCAGCACCUGCGCACGCACGGCGGCCCGCGGCCGCACAAGUGCCCGGUGUGCGCCAAGGGCUUUGGGCAGGGCUCGGCGCUGCUGAAGCACCUGCGCACGCACACGGGUGAGCGGCCGUACCCGUGCCCGCAGUGCGGCAAGGCCUUUGGCCAGAGCUCCGCGCUGCUGCAGCACCAGCGCACACACACGGCCGAGCGCCCCUACCGCUGUCCCCACUGCGGCAAGGCCUUCGGCCAGAGUUCCAACCUGCAGCAUCACCUGCGCAUCCACACCGGCGAGCGGCCCUAUGCCUGCCCCCACUGCUCCAAGGCCUUUGGGCAGAGUUCGGCGCUGCUGCAGCACCUGCACGUGCAUUCGGGCGAGCGCCCCUACCGCUGCCAGCUCUGCGGCAAGGCCUUCGGCCAAGCCUCCAGCCUCACCAAGCACAAGCGAGUGCAUGAGGGCGCGGCCGCUGCAGCUGCUGCGGCCGCCGCCGGUUUGGGCCUCAGCCCCGCUUCGAUGUUGAGGCCGGGGCAGGUCUCCCUUCUGGGUCCUGAUGCUGUCUCUGUGCUGGGUUCAGGCCUGGGCCUCAGCCCCGGCCCCAGCUCUGGCCUUGACCCUGACCCUGGCUCUGCGCUGGGCUCCCCCCCCAAUCCCAGCCCCAAACCCAUCCCUGGCUCUGGAUCUACCCCCACCCCUGAUUCUGUCAAAUCUUCUGACCCUGAGCCUGGGCACAAUGCCAAUUCCGACCUUGUGGCCAGCCCCGAUCACAGAUCUGGUCCCAGCCCCGACCCGGAUCCCGUGCCCAGCCCUGACCCCAGCUCUGAGUCCCACCCUGACCCUGGCUCUCCCACCCAUGACACUGUCGGCGCAGUCCUCCCUACCGGUGAGAGCCCCGAGUGGGUGCAGGAGCAAGGGGCACUGCUGGGGCCUGAUGGCUGAAGGGCAUGCUGGCACCCACAGGGGCCUGGGAAAGUUGUGUGUUGUGCAGUUAGUAAAAUCCUCCCACUGCC